AUAUGAAACCCUCCGUCCUGCCCCGCGAAAAUUUUCCUCAAAUCAAUUUUCGUAAAUUUUCGACUUGAGCACAGCAAUCACCCCAAGUCUGCUCCAAGAGCAGAUAAUUUUUUUCCCUUUUAUUAAUUAGUCUCAAAAUUCAAUUUCUCAAUUCUCAGUUCAGUUAAAAGUCCCUUCAUCUUGAUAUGUCUUCUUCCGAGGUAGCGAAUAUGAAUGCAGCGAAGCGAAAGAAGAAGAAAAAUCCGGUUGAGAAUGACAAUUGCUUUUGUUCCGAUUCAAUAUCAAUCUGUUUUGUCUCAACACCAGCUAAAGAGGAGCAUCAAAAUCUGAAGCCUAAUCUGAAAAGGAUAAAACCCAAACGCAACAAUUCCCACAAGGUGUGCUCUGAUGAUACUGCUACUACUGGUAAUUUCGUGAAGAAAAAUAGAGUUUAUAAUAAGCAUUAUUAUGAUGUUGAUUGUGCCAAGGGAACGAAGUCAGAAAAUGUUAGUCAAUGUUCUGAGAGCAAUAUUGAUGGGGUUGAGAAGAACAGUAAGAAAAAAGGGAAAAGGUUAAAAAAGGACAAGGCAGAUGAAAAUUUGGGCAUUGAAACUGUAAACGUUUCAGGCGAUAAAAAUGAGGGUAAUAUAGAGGAUAAGAGAGAGCGAAGGAAGAAAUUUAAAGAUAAUAAAAAGGAAAACCAAGGCAACGGAAUUAACAACGUGUCAAAUGGUGAUGGCAAUGGCAAGCCUCCAGUUUGUAAGAUUGGAAAGGCUUCCUUAGAUGAUUUCUUUUCCCAAUUUGCAUAUACAGGUGACAGUACUGAUAAAAAAGCUUUCAAAAUAGGUGAUUGUAAACCUUGGAUUAGGGGGAAUGAAGUGAAAGCAGAAGAGGCAAGUGUGGAAGACAAAUUGAAAAUGGAUAAAGAUGAUUCGGCCCUCUUGUUUAAGGCCGGUUUAUCUGGAAGUCAGGCCACAGUUAGGCCCCACAAUAGUGGUAAAAACCUGAAAAAGGAAAAGAGAAUCAGGACAGAAAAUGCAACAAUUUCAAUUCAGACACCGACUACUGGUAAAAGGGGUCAUAAAGGAUCUUACAAAAAUGUUCGAGUUGUAUCCCCUUACUUCAGGAAUAAAGAGACUGGAGAGGAGGCAGAAACAAAUGAUGGGAAGAUUGAAUUGCAGAAGUCACAAGCUAAAAACAUUCUCACUGCUAGGAAGGUUUCACCAUACUUUCACCAUAUAAAGCAAGAGGAAGACAAUGCAGUUACAAGCUUGUUGGAUGGCACAACUAAGUCCAAAGUUAGGCCUCGAAAGGUUAAAAAUACAGUGACAGAAAAUGCAACAAUUUCAAUUCAGACACCGAGUACUGGUAAAAGGGGUCAUAAAGGAUCUUACAAAAAUGUUCGAGUUGUAUCCCCUUACUUUAGGAAUAAAGAGACUGGAGAGGAGGCAGAAACAAAUGAUGUGAAGAUUGAAUUGCUGAAGUCACAAGCUAAAAACGUUCUCACUGCUAGGAAGGUUUCUCCAUACUUUCACCAUGUAAAGCAAGAGGAAGACAAUGCAGUUACGAGCUUGUUGGAUGGCACAACUAAGUCCAAAGUUAGACCUCGAAAGGUUAAAAAUAAAGUUACAGCCAAAAGUGUUCUAUCUGCUGACGAGAAGUGGGAUGAGGCUUAUAAAAGAAGAACUCCAGAUAAUAUGUGGAAGCCUCCAAGAUCGCCUUAUAACCUCCUUCAAGAAGAUCAUGUUUUUGACCCUUGGAGGGUCUUGGUGAUAUGCAUGCUUCUUAAUGUGACAACUGGCCGGCAGACUGGGAAAGUUAUAUCAGAGUUUUUCACAUUGUGUCCGAAUGCUAAGAGUGCUACAGAGGUUGCCAAGGAGGACAUAGAAAAGGUGAUACAGAGUUUAGGUUUAUAUAGGAAGAGAGCAGAAGGAAUACAACAUUUCUCUCGUAUGUAUCUGGAAGAAAGCUGGACUCAUGUCACAGAAUUGCCUGGUAUUGGCAAGUAUGCUGCAGAUGCAUAUGCUAUAUUCUGUACUGGGAAGUGGGAUCGAGUGAGACCGUUGGAUCAUAUGCUGACUAAAUAUUGGGAGUUCCUCUGUGGUAAGCAGACUUAAAUUAAUAAGUUGAGCUACGUUUUUGCAACUUAUAUAUUGACAAGUUAACCCUGUGGUGGAUUUUCAUCUCUUUUUGUGAUCUACUGCAGAGGGUUACUUUGAUAUUGUAUUUAAGAGACAUUGGCUUUUUGGUUAAUUUUGCUAUAAGAAACGUAAUGUAACUAAAUUGUACAGGUUACCCCAUUUGUAGUCUCAGACUCUCAAUCAAUAUAUGUCUUCUAUGAUUUUAUGGUGAGGAUUA